AUGGCCCACGGCUCGCUUGUGGUGCCAAGGAGCAAUGCUGGAAGCAUCCAGCACUCCGAGAUCGCGGCUGCACUACGAAGCUACAGAUUGCUGCAGCAGUGGGCCAGCAGUCUGUUGUUACUGCAACAGGAGCAUGAGGUCCGUGUGGAGACGACGUCCCGCCUCGUCGGCCUGGCCAUUGCUUCGCUCAAGUCGGGUGGACGCUGGCGGUGGUCCCAGCAGCUCUGCUGUGGAUUGCUUGCCCGUGAUGUUCCAGACCUGGGCAUCCAGCUCUUCAACCAGGUGGCCUCGUGUGAGGAAGCAGCCGGUGCCUGGCAGGCAGCUUUGGAUGCCCUGCAACAGGCACGCCUCGGAGGCCUUCGCUGGAGCGGCGUCUCCACUAACGUGGCCUUGGCCGCCUCGGCGGCCGCCCUGGCCCCAGCCGAGCCCUCAGCGGAGCGCUCAGCACGCUGGGGCGCGGCCGCGCAGCUCCUCGAGGAAGCCCAGGAGGGGCGGAUGCAAACGGACAUCAUCUCGUGGAAUUCGGUCCUCGCCGCUUGUGGCCGCGGACGUGAGACAUCUGCGGUACUGCGCUCUUUGCAGGAGCUGAUUCGCUUGAAAAACGAGCCGGACUGCGUAACGUACAACACGGUCAUGAAAGCAUGUGCGGCGGCUAUGCUUUGGCAGAAAGCGCACGAUGUGGCACUUCGACUCCAGUGCUCUGACAUCGAGGCGGACGCUUUCUCCUUGAACGAGCUGCUGACGUGCAGUCGCUGGAGGAUGGGAAUGCAGCUGCCUACAGCGCUGAAGGUUCAGUUGACGCCAGUUACUUGCGCCAGCCUCCUCUACGCCUGUGAAUGGCGAGUUGCGGUGCACCUCCUCCUCUCCCUAAAGGAGGCUGCCCUGGAGACAAGAACAAUGAACUUCAAUGCCGUGACCAGUGCCUGCAGCAGGGCGAGUGCUUGGCGCAACACUUUGCUGCUAGCGUCGAUGCUGACUAGGAGCUUCUCGGCAGACUUGAAGAUGGCUAGCAGCACGUUGGCCGCUUGCGGUGCUUCCGACGAGUGGGAAAGGGCACUGUCUUUGUUCUUCGAGCUGCACACGGCGAAGCUGUCGAACGCAUUCACCUAUGGAGCAGCGAUUUCCGCGUGCGGUCGAGGAGGUUGCUGGCUUCAGGCAUUCUGGCUGCUUGAAGAGGCGGCCGCAUCCGAAAUUGAACCGGACGACGUCAUGUUGAAUUCUGCAAUCUCCGCCUGCCGUUCCGAGUGGGCCGCCGCAAUUGCGCUUCUCCACCGCUUCCUUUCGCAGAACAUCCCUCCAACCGUCACCACCUACUGCGCAGUCAUGACGGCAUGCGAUCGUUGUGAGCAGCCCCGGAAGGUGCUGUCGGUAUUUGGUGCCUGCGUGGCCGACGUGCAGCCCAAUGCAGUCGCCGUCAGCCUUGGCCUCCGUGCUUGUGAUGCUGCGGGUUGGUGGCAUGCUGCAAUGAGGCUGCUGCAUGAAGCGGCGGAGGCGACAGUGGAGCUAGACGGCCAGUCCUUCGAUGCAGCUCUCGGCGCAUGCCGCCCCGGUCACUGGCGCACGGCCAUGAUGCUUCUUGCCGGUGCUGAGAGGAAGAAGCUCGAAACGGAGGCUGGCGGCUGGUCAGCCAUCGUGACCACCUACUGUCGAGCAGGCCGCCAUCAACAACUGAGGUCUCUGAUGAGUAGCCUGCGAAGCCAGGCAUCAAUUCGGCUUCAGCGGGUCGAAAGAUGA